GUAUUUGGCGCCCUCUACAGGUGAGCAGAUGUAUUAAGCUUUUGCUUUGACCCGGAAGUACAUUCGUCUCUCUCGACCACACGUGUAGAAGAUCACUUUAUCUGUGUUGAUCCCUGCGGUCUGACACGUCGUGUUUCAUCCAGUCCUGUAGGAACUAACAUGGGGAAGUCCAAACAGAAGGGAAACCACAAGAGCGACAAGAAGAAGAACAUCGCAAAGACAUGGAAGACGAAGCGCAGGACCAAAGACCUGGACCAGAUCCACUCAGACAUGAAGCCUGAGACAGCAGCCAAACUGCUGCACCAGGAGGUGGACUACGAUGUGACGGGAUGUGCGCAACACUACUGUUUACACUGCGCGAGAUAUUUUGUGGAUAUGAGAUCCCUGAAAGAGCACUUCAAAAGUAAAGUGCACAAAAAACGGUUGAAACAGCUCAGAGAGGAGCCCUACACCCAGGCAGAGGCAGAGAGAGCAGCAGGUAUGGGGUCCUACAUCCCUCCAAAAAUAGUUGAGGUGAAGACACAGCCUGUGGAAGAGGACAUGGCCUGAGGAGCUGCCCACAUUGACCCAUGGACUGAUUAACUCAAUAACAGAAGCAUUGACAAAAUGGAUAAUGCUCCUGUUAUUUCCUGCUGUCACAAGCCAAAUGCAUUGUUAAAUGCUUCUUUUGUGACAAAUAAUGUUUUGUUUUUCAGCCAGCUGUGAUGUAACUGGCCGUUUAACUUCUGGGUAUCACCAGAAUCAGGAAAGCCUUACCCUACACUGGGUACUGUAAUGCAGCAUGUACCUAUGUAAAUACUGAGUAUGUGUGGAGCUGUGUGGAAUGAUAAUAAACUACAGAACAACACAGUGUUAGUGCAGUGUUUCUCAACCUCAGGUCCCAGGACACAUCUGAGGAGGGGUCACCAGAUGAUUAAAGUAAAAUAAAUCACAAAAAACUC